AUGGCCGGUUUCGGAAUCUGUGUGCUCGACAUACGGCAUCUGAUCCGCCGUCGCCAACACGAAGACGUAAUCAGUAAUACAGGUUCUGAGGCUAAGACAUUAAGUAGCAGCAGUAAUAGCAGCCCCCACAUUAGAGGUGCAAUCAACUGGGAACAGCACAGUCACGAUCUAGAAAAAGUGGUAACAGUAUUCAAGGCAGCCGAGGACCAUACAUUGCAAAGGCUCCAACAGACGAAGCGACAGCAUGGUAUCUCUGCCCUGGAAUCACAAGUGCCAACGCUGACACUUUCUACUAUCAGCGAACAUAUGAACGUCGUAAUCAAGCAGCUACUAUGUAUGACGGGAGGAAUAGAAGGUGCAGCCAAGAAGACCGAAAAUUAUAGCGUCUUCAGAGCCGGCUUGGCUCGGUUUACAGGCGCAGGUAUGGAGGUUGGGACAUGUGUCAUGGGAUACAUGGGUACUUUACUAGUAUCAAGUAUCCUUGCCACGGCUGCAACAGCUUCCUCACAAACCUGAAGAGCCGUAGCAAGUGCGGCAGUGAGCACGGCAUUUACAUGGAUCGCGAUAUACCGGGUAGUGAGAGCAUGGCCCACAUCCUUGGCGGUCACCCCCUGUUACAGACGCGCCCUACAAAGCACAUGUUCGCCUAUGCAUCCCUGGUUGCUCCUUUGGCCCCUCCGGUGUCCCCCUCCACCGCUAUGCAAGCGCCUGCUGGAUGAAGCGACAGUGGGUGUAGGGAGAACAGGGAGACAGUCCGCUUCCAACGCCUGUAAAGCUCUUUGGGGGCAGGAAUUCUCAUUUUUUUGUAAGGGCAUGAUUAUG